AUGAUAGGAAGUAUAGAUAAAACUUCAAUCAUUGUUAAGCCCUACAGUCGCACAGGGAAGGCAUUUAAUCAGCAAGCUGCCAAAUCUGCGAAAGGGGGUGUUGCUCAUGAAAACAUUGGGUUAUUUAACAAAGGUUUCUUAUAUUCAAAAUCAAACAAGAGGCGAAAAAGAAGAAAGGACCAGCACUCCUUAGACCCCAAGGUUAAUCCUAGGAUAUAAAUUCAGUCAAAGUGGCAGGGAAUCUUAAGCAUAAGGCAAUCAAGCCUGAAGGCUCUGGAGGUGUCUGGUUCAUAGGCGAUAAAAUUAAGCAAGAUAAAUAAAAUCAACAGAUUAAUAAAGAAACAUAUUCCGACCUUCAAGCCAACAUGGAGAGAGAUUAUCUCUAAUAUGCAAUCUCAGAAGGAAUUUGAUGAAGCAGAGUACGAAACUCUUCAGCCAAAAGAUGCUAAAUCUGUAAUCUACACCCUGGAAGAUCUCAAGCGUCAUCAAAACAAAGAGAAGGAGAAAGAUAAGGGCAAAAAACCUAAGACCACAAAUACUAGCAAAGUUGACGACCUCCUAUACGAUGAAGAAGGGAAUAUUCAGCCUUAUGAUGUGUACCAGAGAUUACUCCAAAAGAAGAAAGAUGAAGAAAAGAAAAAUCUCUUACUAAGAAGCAAGGCAUUUUUCAUGAGCUCAGUGUCCAAAGAAGACCAGUAUAACCAGAUUCAUGGAAUAAAAGAGAAACUUGGAACUCCUUUUAUAGGCAGAUACAAGCCUAAGUAUGACCUAGUUGAUAAGAAGUCGUUUGCCUUUAAGUACAGAAAGCAGGCUAAGAAGAAGAAAAUAUCAUUUCAUAAGAGAUCUAGGAGCAUAAAUACCAGCUAUUGUACCAAGAGGAGGCCAAAGACUAGUGUGGAGUUUAAAUCAAUGAGCUAUAAAGGAGGUAAAAAUGAGAGAACUUUGUCACAUGAUCGGAUGAGAAACGUUGAGAGUCCUUUUAAAUCAAGCCAGUUUUCCAGAAGAGAUCCCACCCAUUCGGAUAUUUUUGCAAUUAGUGAAGAUGUAGUCCCUGAAUUUAAGAAGGAGAAGAGGGCCAAGGACAGACCUAAACUGAUAUCAAUAGAUCAUGUUAAGGAGAGGAGUAUAAGAGUCAAGAGUCAAAAGUCUAAAAAAUCACAAUAUCCAGAAGGAACUUCCUCAAUUAGUAAUGGAAGGAUAUGGGGAGAGUAUCUUAAAAAGAACGUGAAGAGGCCAAGGGUUGACAAAUUCUGACGCUCCUUGCUAAACGUCAUUGAUAAUUAACUUAAAUGACUCCAUAAA